CUGAUGCGAGGAAGAAGAGGAGGGCGAAGACGCCUCAGGACGGGGACUUGCAGCUGCCAACCUCCGCGGAGCCUCUCUUUCUCGGCCGCGGCUUUUCGGGGCAACCUCAGACCGGCAGAGAUACCAGCUCCCCCACUCAUCUCACCCAAAAGGCGCCAGGCCAGAGACUCCGGAGAAAAAGUCGCCGGCGCUCGCGGGUUUACCCGGAUUCUUCCAUGGUGCCGGCGGGAGCGCAGCGAGCCAGGAAGCGGAGGUGGCGGCGGCGGCGCCCGCGGCCGGAGACGGAGGCGAACCAAGGCUGGGCUGGUCCCGCCGACGGGGGCUUCCCGGGCACGUGUUCCGCCGCUCAGGCCAGCUUCUGGAGCGACUCCCGCGGAGACCCAGGGCAAACACCCAGGGCCCCGUCAAGGUUUGGCAGUGCCGCCGCGCUCCUCCCCCGCCCUGCUCGUCCGCACUCCGCGCUCUUUAUCACUGCAAGGCUACCUGUCCCUCCGACCUCGCACACUCCUCCCAUGAUACCCGGAAAAUGUGGGGAUCGAGGUAAGUCUCUGGCAGAAGGGACUCCUCCCUCCCCAACAUAUAGAUGCACCAGCGCCCCUGAGCGCACACGCACGAACCUGGGCAGCCUGGCCAAAAGACCUGCGUGCCUGGCAGCGUGCAUUGGGUAUUCUUGGGAUCCAGAGCUCCUAACUCCCGAAGGAAUGGGGACUUAGAUGAGGCGACAGACAUGUAUGCAGUGCCCCCUCGUAUCAGCCCUGUCUAGAACCAAAAAGAAGCGCCAUGGCCAUCUCUUUGUUACAGGCUAGAUGUGAUGCCCACCUACUUGGGAUAGAUGAGACAGUGGGCCCCAGAAUGGUAUUUUGGUAGUUUCUCUCUCCCUUCUUUCCUUCCUCUCUUCUUCAUCUCUCGCUAGCUCACUCCCAUUCUCCUCCCCCUCCCUCUUCCUCCCGCUUCUACUCUCUCUACCCGUGGCUCACUUGAGAAAGACACAGAUGUGAGUGUGAAGAGUUAUGCCUUCAACUCCUCACAUUAUGAUUUUAAAAUGUAUUUGAACAAUAUAUAUUGGCUGUAUGACUGCAUGAAUAAA